AUGGCUACACCCAGUGUCCUCGCUUUUGACGCUGAGGGUCGAGCCAUUGACUUUGAGGUCUGGCUCGACGACCUGCAGCUGUUUUUACAGUGCGACAGGGCCGACGGUCUAUCUCUCUUUGACCUCACCUCUGGCGCCGUCCCUGCCCCUGCUGCUGAUGCUGACGCCACUGUUCUCUCUCAGUGGGCCACGCGCGAUGCUGCUGCACGUCUUGCUGUGCGUCGCCACCUGCCCACCGCUGAGCGCGCGCACUUUAGCCAGUACAAGAGUGCUCAGACCAUGUACGACGCUGUAGUUGCGCGGUACUCCUCCCCUGCCACUGCUGCACUGAGCCGCCUCAUGCUCCCCUUCCUCUUCCCUGACCUUGCCGCCUUUCCCACUGUCGCUGAUCUCAUCACGCACCGCCGCACUAGUGACACUCGCUACCGCGCUGCACUUCCUGCUGACUUCUGCGCCAAGAACCCCCCCCCCAUGUACAUCACUCUCUACUUCCUAGUCACUCGCCUCCCUGACUCCCUUCGUGUAGUCCGGGACCACUUCCUCGCGGUCUGUCCCACCACCCUCACAGUCGACAGCCUCGAGAAGGCCCUUCUUGCAGCAGAGAAGAGCAUAGUUGCUGUAGGAGCCUCUCGAGGUGACCCCCGCGCCCCCAUCUUUGAGGGGUGUUCUCCUUCCCCUCUCCUGCCCUCUGUCGCCUCUGCCGCUGCGGCCGACCUCGUUGGUCUUGAGUCGGUCGGUGCGGCGUCUGCCCCUAGCGGGAGACGCCGCUCUGGUAAGGGCAAGGGGGGCAAGGGAGCGGGUGGGGCCAGUGGGGGCGGUGGCGGUGGAGGUGGAGGCGGCGGAGGGAGUGGGGGUGGCGGUGGAGGUGGUAGUGGGGGCGGGGGUGCUAGUGGCAGCGUGGCGGCGGGAGUGGCGGCGGCGGUGGCGGUGGUAGCGGAGGUGGCGGAGGUGGCGGCGGUGGAGGUGGAGGCGGGGGCGGUGGAGGCGGAGGCGGGGGUGGCGGAGGUGGAGGUGGUCGGAGUGGAGCUUCGCAGCGGAGCGGCACUGGUGGCGGUCAGCGCCAGCAGCAGCAGCAACAGCAGCAACGUUCUCGCGACGUCCCCACCCCUCAGCAGCUCCUGUGGGGGUGCCCACCCCGCCCAGCGCUGCUUUGGCCGCCUGACGGACGCUUGGCGUCAGCAGUUCCCAGAGGCCGCGGAGAUCCCCCGCUGGGGAGAGCUGUCUAGGGCUGGUGUAGCUAGCUUUGAUCUUGAUUUUGAUGCUAUCCUUGCUGCCAUGUAUGCUGUGACCAUUAGUGAGGAGGGUGACUGUUACCGGUGUUUCCCGCCCGACCCGGGCAUUGGUACUGCUGCUCUAGGUGCUGGUGAGGCUUCUGCUCUAGGUGCCAGUGCGUCUGUGCUCUCAGGUGCUCGUGAGACUGCUCUCUCAGGUACUAGUGCGUCUGCACUCUCAGGUACUGCGUCGGCUUCGGCCUCCCACACCUUCACUCUUGACUCUGGAGCGUCUCACUCUUUCGUUCGGGACCGCACCACACUUACGCCGCUUAGUCGGCCGGUUGCGGUUUCCCUGGCUGACCCCUCUGGGGGUCCUGUCCUGUCUCGCUUCUCCACAGUCCUCCCGUGUCCGGCGGCUCCCUCUGGCACCCUGUCUCGUCUCUACCUCCCCUCGUUCUCUACGAACUUGGUGAGUGGUGCUGACCUACAGGAUGCGGGAGUCCACCAGUUCACCCCCGCUAGUCAGCGAGUGACGCACUGCACAGAGGCUAGCACGGGUCGUCACCUGGCUAGGUUUACACGUGUUUGCUGCAGCGUCCAGGUCUGGUCCUGA